UUUAGUCGUAAAAGUCGCGUUUAGCUCAAUGUACCUAAGAAAAUAAUUGUGCAGUGUCUACUCGUAGAUAUUUAAACAUUUAUAAUUUUAUUCAGAACUGAAAAAAAUAUGUCUAUAGUAUUUUUGAAAUUUUGAACGAUGACUCAAAAUGGCGCGGAAUUUAAAAUAAAAUAAUAGAAAGUUUUUUUUUUAUUCUCGGCGUGAGCAUGACUUGUUAAAACUGAAAAGUGUAGUCGUGUUUUAGUGUGGUGUAGUAUUUAUAGAAAUAUACGUUCUUUUUUAGCUUAUUAUGUCCAUAUGAUCUACUAGUCUUUACAGUUCUUCACAUGUUAGCCAGUAGGCUAGCAAUACAAAGAACAAAAGUUUCGUGAAAAAAAGUUAGCCGAAAUUAGAAUUUAAUAUAAGUUAAUCACCUGUCAACACUUGGACAAAAAUGUGAAUAUAUUGUUAUCAUUGAUUAGCUGCGAACAAACAGGACUAAUCUAAUCUUAUUGUCGAACAAAUAUCGUUGACACCGCAGAUAAUAAGAUUUACAAGGAUUUCCUUUGGCUAGAGGGUAGACGCAUUACUAUUGUUAAUGAAAUUGACAAAUUAAUUAUGUUUGUGUUAUAAUUUUAAUAUAAAAUGGAGAAAGUGAGUGAUGAACAUAGGUAUAAGCCUUUUAUAAGACAGUGUUUCCUGACCGCCAGCGUUGCACUAAACAUUGUGGGACAUGGCGGGGUCAUCGGUUUCUCCGCUAUUUUGAUACCAGCUUUGCGUCUGCCUGGGUCACAUAUAAAGGCCACGCCUAGCCAAGAAUCAUGGAUUGCAUCAAUCGUCGGAUUCGCGUUGAUCAUGGGGAAUUUCAUCAUCACACCUCUGAUGGACACCCUCGGCCGAAAGAAGUCACAUCUCCUCACCAUCCUGCCUAUUUUAACAGGAUGGUUCACUCUUCUUAUGGCAGACAGUGUGACCUGUCUCAUAAUAGCAAGAUUCCUCCAAGGUGUUGCCAUGGGCAUGCUGGGACCACUUGGAUCUAUCAUCAUUGGUGAAAUGACGGACCCAAAGAAUCGAGGAGCGUUCCUAACUAGUGUGUCCCUAUCCCUAACAACCGGUGUCAUGUUUGCCCACAGUUUAGGAACAUAUUUCAGCUGGCAACAAAGUGCUUUAAUAUGUUCAUUCAUCACAUUCACUAGCUUAAUUCUCAUCAUAUAUAACCCCGAAUCCCCGUCCUGGUUAAUUUCCAAAGGAAGGUACCAAGAGGGUGAAGAAAUUUUCUUCUGGUUGCGAGGAAGGAAUGCCGAGCAAGAAGCCGAAUUAGAAAACAUGAUAGCCGCACAGAAAUCGUUACGCAAGUCCAGUUUUGCAGGACAGGAUAUAUCAAGAAAAGAGCGUAUCAAGCGCUUUUUCAUCUAUAUAAAGGAUACAUCUAGGAAGCCCGAAUUUUACAAACCUAUAACUAUUAUGUUCUUUAUGUAUACCAUGUUCCAAUUUGCCGGUAUCAAUGUUAUUAGUUCGUAUGCGAUGGAUAUUAUCCAUCAAGUUGUAGGACCAGAAGCUAACGCCAAAGUGUUAAUGGUCGCUUUGGAUAUUGAAAGACUGAUCUGUAAUAUAUUGGCUGUAUUUUUAAUGAAGACGAUGAGAAGACGUACAUUAUUAUUUAGUAGUUCAGCGAUAUGUGUGAUAGCGUAUUUAGGUAAAAGUUAUUAUGUUUAUGCAAGGGAGAAUAACUCAUUGCCAUUCGAAAGUCAAUGGGUACCAAUCGGAUUAAUAGGAUUGUACAUGUUUUCAUUGACAAUUGGUAUAUCAUCGAUUCCAUUUGCGAUUUCAGGGGAGAUUUUCCCAUUGGAAUACCGUGGAUUUGGAGGAGGUAUUAGUGUUUUAGCUUUAUCUUUCAACUUCUUUGUCGCAGUUAAAUGUUUCCCUGUUUUAACGUCAGCGGUUGGUUUGUCAGUAACUUAUUUAAUGUAUACAGGAGUAGUGGUGGGCUGUCUAUCAGUUAUAUAUUUCAUGUUGCCGGAAACAAAGGAUAGAUCUUUGCAGGAAAUCGAGGAUAGUUUUAGAGGUAUAACGUCAGCUGACCGCAAAUGUAUAGAGCCUCUAAACGGUGUUCACAGUAAUGAAAUGCGUAGAUGCAGCUCGCAUAUACUGUAUUAGUUUUAAAGAUGUGAUAAUAUGUUAACUUGAAUUAUUUAUUUUUAUAUAACUAUUAUACAACGGUCAUUGUAAAUCUCAAUAAGGUGAACAAAUAAAAGAUUUUAUUCA